AAACAUAGCCCCAACGUUUAUGAUAUCAUUAGAAACUCGCUUCCGGGUCGACGGUAUUUCAAGUGUAGCUAUAACAAUGAAACAUACUACGUUUCCUACGCGAUUGUUUAAAUAAUUAUCUUUGUCUUUCGUUAAAACGAAUGUAGUUAAAAGACAAAAAUUCAUUCUCUGAUCGUGAGUAGCAGAAUGGACAGUUGGCGUGGUCCGGCAACGUUAAGAGCACCAACAGCGUCUCCGAUCGUCUUUUGUUUACAACAGGAUUUUCAACGUGUUCGUCUGCUCUAACCGCAAAUAAUGCGGUUUGCCAUGACAGUUUGACAGUUCUCUGGGUCAUAUAAUAACCACUUAAAUAUCGCCUUAGUUCAAUAAACUCUCGUCUAACGUCGAGAUCAAGGACUUGAUUUCAAUAAUAAUGUCUGGCGUUGACCUGUGUCGACUCUGUGCCGAAGCAAAAGACAAACUUAUAGGUAUAUACGACGCUGAAGGUCAGAAGUUGGGACUCGAGUUGAAGAUAUUAAAGUGUCUUCAAAUUCAGGUCGUGAUCAAUGACAGCUUACCGCUUGGGGUAUGCUUAGAGUGUUGUGUGCAGCUCGACAAGUGCAGUGAUUUUUUUGAAAAAACUCAUCAGGCGCAAAGUUCACUACGCAAUUUGAUUAGCGAGACAAAAUCAGGCGUACAAAUGGGGCGCGUCGAUUUGGAUUACGUCGAAAAGACUAUAGGGCUUCCAAAGGAAGAGCAAAGUCAAGAAGAAGGGAUGUUAGAGUGUCAAUUGUCAGAAAACUACAUCGACGAUUCAGUCAUGUACUUUAAUAACGAGCAAAACAAUGUUAGUGAUAACGAUGACCACGAUAAUAGUGGUGAUGGGCAUGCAAAGUAUAACUCCGAAGAGAUGUUGGAACCUGUUAAUGAGCAGAUUGGUUGCGGGGCUGAAACGAAAAAAAGUUCAAACAAACAAACGAAGAAGAGAACAAAGCGCAAAGCACAGAUACACAAACUUGAGGUACUUGAAUUAGGUAUCACCUCUGAUUUAGAAGAAAAAUGCAAGGACUUGAACACCAAAAUCCAGAUCAAGAUACCUGAUAACUACAUGACAGGUACUGAAUCUGACGUGGAAAUGAUAGAAGCUCGAGCAGCAGAGCCAUCGAAGCCGGGUCGAAAGAGGGGUGAGGGCUUGGACAGGUAUCCCUGGUUAUGCACAGACUGCAACGAUAAGUUGCCUAGUCUUGAAACGCUCGAGAGACACCAUGAAAUUGUUCAUAACCAACAGGCGAAAUUCAUGUGCGUACAAUGCUGCAAUGUGUACGACAAGUAUUACGGAUUCCUUACGCAUGUCAAGAGGCACAAAAACAAAUCCAAAUUCAGCUGUGAGGAUUGUGGAAAAUCGUUCGUUCAUAAAAAAGUAUUAGAAUCACACAAGGCAAUUCAUAGCGAAGAGCGGCCCCAUAUUUGUCAAACAUGUGGCAAAGCAUUCAGGCAGCAAAGCGCUCUCUACAUUCACAGUCGUUGUCACCUGCCGGACACAAUGAAAAAUCGAUAUCAAUGUGACCAGUGCGACAAAAGAUUUUCUACAAAACCAAACUUAGUUACCCACAAACGUAUUCAUUCCGGUGUGAGAAAUUUUACCUGUGACCAAUGUGGUAAAAGUUUUAUACAAAAGGGCAAUCUAGAAGCUCACUUUCUGACACACUCGGCUGAUAAACCGUACACGUGUUCACAGUGUCCCAAAGCGUUUAAGACCCCUCUGCAAUUGAAGAAACACGAAACUGUACACACUGGAGCAAAACCUCAUCAGUGUGCGGUUUGCGGUCGAACAUUCAGAGAAAAAGGAACACUAAGAGAACAUCACAGAAUUCACACAGGUGCAAUGCCGUUCACCUGCGAAUUUUGCGGAAAAUGUUUUCGGUUUAAAGGAAUAUUGACUACCCACAGGCGGCAACACACAGGUGAACGUCCAUACAGUUGCCUAGAGUGUCAACACCAUUUUACAAACUGGCCAAAUUACAAUAAGCACAUGAAACGAAGGCAUGGUAUAAAUACGUCACACACGAAGCAUCUUCAACAACCACAGCAGCAAAUUGACCAUCAACAGCACCAGAAUAAUCCACAGGAAGAUGCCAUUACUAUAGUGCGACAUGAAACACCAACUUCUAUGCAGGUGAUACAAGCCGUUUCCCAUACUUCGGUGGCGCAACCAAUUGUCGUGCAAACGAUUCCAACAACAGGAAUACAAAACCAUCAAACACAAGUACCAGUAACUGUGCAAGAAACUGGGCCCAGGGAGAGAAGUUCGACCUUCUACAACGCUGUUCCUUCAGCACUGCAAAACUUCUUACCUCCAAAUUUGCCAUACAAUUUUUACAAUAUAUCCAAUGCAAGUGAUAGUAAUCUUACCCAAAACAGGUAAAAGUUGGUGAUUACGUCUUACUGUUAUUAAAAAAAAAAUUGCGUAUGCAAAGUGUCGAAGAAUACUUCAGAUAUAAUUCAAUCUGAAGUAUAAUCACACCGAACUUUUGCUAGCACAUGACACCGUAC